AUGCUUGUUCUGGAUUUCAACAGUCGGACAAAAGAAAGACCGCAGCGGCAGGUGGCCGGAGGCUGUGGCAAAGUGCUGGUAGUCGGCAGGUGGCCGAAGAUUCUAAGUCCAACCUGGUGCGAUGGCUUCGCUUACAGAGUCCAGGGCGGCUUUCUCGGCCCGGGCGCUACCUUGACAGGGCGAGGCAUUGACACGCUGGCUCGCGUAGCAUUUGCCGCAGUUGGGCCAGGACAGAACCCCAGUGACGCCCAAGUCCAAGCCCUCUUCGGGGGAGCCGCAACAACUGCAGGCACAGUCGCUUCUACGAGGAGGUUGAUCUUCGAGGCUCAUACUCUGCUCGUUGCCGGUUUGAAAGGCCGGGUCGAGAAAGGAGAAGAUGCUUCGGUUGGUAGCAUGAGUCACGCUGAACGUGAGAGCAGAAUGGCUCGACAGAAGGCGCAGAUUACCGGAUUGAUGCACUCUGGAGUUGAAGAGCCUUCCUACGAGUCAUACAACCUCGUCUACGCGAUGUUACAGAGGGAUGCGCUUGAUUACAUACAUCCGGAGAAAUUUACGACAAGACGACAGGAGCUUUCGUCACAGAAGCCCAACAAACAGGUUGUGCUUGACGGGAGCGGUGCUCUGAACAUCAAGGAGAAGCAGACUUCUUUGACUUGUCCAACAUCGGGGGAGCUUGAACUGGUUCAGGCUCUACGCCGCCGGGCACUGGCCUUUGAUCUGGUGGGUGUUUGCACCUACGAUACUAUGAAUAGAUAUCAUGGGGCCCUUGUGCAACGCAUGCAGGACAUGCCACCACCUAAGUACGCCAAAGUGUCUGUGCACCAGGUCUUAAGAACUGAUCCUGCUGCAUUUUUCCACUUGGCGGAACAGCUUAGGACGAUCAAGCGCCAGGCGGACGGAUCCAUUCCGUUAGAUGCUGCACUGCCUCACGUGUUGUCAGACCCAGCUGUAUCUUUUCAUCUUCUUCCGCUUGCGCUGCCUGAGGUUGAGAAGCCCCCUAAGCCAACUUGGAAUGUUCUUGACAACAGGGGAACAAAGCGGCAGCAUGAGGGUGCAGACCAGGGAAAUCCUGGCAAGGGCCGUCAAGGCUCCAAAGGAGGUGGGAACAAAGGUGGAGGCAAAGGCAAGAAUGACAAGUUGCGAGUGCCCAAGUUGUUGAUUGGUAAAUGGUACCAAACACGAGAAGGCACACUCUCUUCAGGAUCACCAGUCGUGACGGUCGCCGUCGAGGGCCCCGAGCCCUCGCAUCUUUUCGGUCUGGAGCUUUUCUGCAAUCGAGGCUUCAUCAUUUCGGGCUUGCGCCGGCUUGGCGCGAAAGAUUCCUUUGGUGUACAGGGCAAGUCGUCUAAUGCUGGCUGCCCGACUAUUCGUUUGGACUUGACUUCCGAGACGGGUCAAAGUCACGUGUGGAUCGUGUGGAGUAUUCUUCAGGAGGCCAUGGUCGUCUAUGUUCAUGAGACUCCUCCACACAAGAUGUUUUUCGCUGAUCGUUCAGCCUCUCCAGCUGUGGAGCAGCUGGUCCUUUUCAUAAGCCGAAUUUGCAAGUUAUGUGAUUCAACGGGAAUUCUCUUCAGUAUCUUGAAGCCAGUGCGGAGCCCAUUUUGGAAGCGCCCCACCUGGGUUCAAGCCGCGGCCUCUGCAUCGCUUCGCCAAGUUGAGUUUGAUUUAUGCAUGCAUGGAGGAUGCCGCAAGCAGUCCCUUGUCUUGAUGUCCAAUGUCGUGCCGUUUGACUUUCUUGAAAGUCGAUGUGACAACAAGCAUGCUCAUGAGCCUUGGCAUUCGCAUGCGCAACCAGAAAAUGUGAACGAAGCUUGGCCCCUUAGGCGAAACCUGGCUGAUUUGCUUCAUGAUUUCAUGUGUCAUUUUGGAGCAGUCCCGGAACCAUGUAAGCUUCGUGAUGCGGCCCCCUCUGUUGUGGGCGCUCGGAGCUUGACCGGUCACCAAUUGAAGAAACGUGUCCCACCUUUGGUGCCCGAGUUUCGUCAGGUCGUCUCCGUGCAAGGUCCAUGCGAGGUCUUGGCCAGCUUGUCCUUGUCCAAGUCGAAGUUGCAGGCACCGUGGUCUGUGCCAUCGUCAUGUUCUGCAAAGCCUGAGGUGUCCAGUGUCCCUGCUGGAAGCAAAGUCAUUCGCACUCAUUUUGCGCGGGGUGGUGCCGAGUGCGAUUCCGUUGUUGAGGUUUCAGCUGAGUCUCUUCUUGAGUGCUUAUCUAAAACCAAAGGAACGAGCCCCAGCCGCGGUGAGACUUGCUCGUCAUCAGUAUGUGUGACCGGUGGAGCUUUUGUGCAUGGCAGCUUCGCCGGAGUCUUGCAGGCCACAAAGCUUCAUCCCCAAGUCGUUGAGCAGAUGUGUGCGUUUGUGCGAAAGAUCGCGCCGUCUCUUGAAUUCGGUGCGGCCACUUACAAUCGUGAUGUCUUCACAGCUGUUCACAAGGACAGCCACAACGAGGCCUCGUCGUGGAACAUGGUUGUGUUGUUGAAGCCAUGUGUCGGGGGAGGGGGUGGUGUUUGGGUUGAGGAUGCUUCGGGCGAUGUCUGUAAGAACAUUAAUGGGCGAGACGUCCGUGGCAAAAUUCUUGAUCCGAGUGCAGGCCCAGUUUUCUUCGAUCCCCGGAAGUGGCAUGAGACACAGAGUUGGACAGGGCAUCGACAUGCCCUGAUUGCAUAUUUGCCUCGGAACAUGGAGUGGCUGUCUGCAGCUGACUUCGUGAAUCAAGCGCUUCGUGCGAAGCAUCCCUGCCACUUGGACAACUUGCUCCCGGAUGAACUCAAGGCAUCGAUCAAGGCAAACAUGAGCAAGGAUGCUGCUGACAUCGCGCGUGAGCGCACUGCAACGAUGAGGCGGUUCGUCAGCAUGUCCAAUGGCCUUGUCGAUGCCGAACGUGAAUUUCACGAAGGCUUUUCGGAGCAUCGACGUAAAGUCCUUGAAGGCAAGCGGUUGUUACUUUUCAAGUCCAUUCUCGAGGAGGCCGGUCAUGCAGACACGAACCUGGUGCACGACAUGAGCACUGGCUUUGAUCUGGUGGGCAAGCUUCCUGAGUCACAUGUGUUCGACCACCGGUAUCGUCCUGCACUUAAGACUGAAGAAGAGCUGCGAGCUGGGGCGCCAAGGUCUCGGGCGGCUGUUCUUGCAAUGGUCCAAAGUUCUGGUGAUCCUGUCAUCGAUGAGGGUGUCUUUGCAGCCACGCAGAAGGAGCUCGACCUUGGUUACUUGGAAGGGCCGGUGGAUCCGGAGCAGUUACCACCGGGUGCGACGCUGACGCAUCGCUUCGGUGUCAUCCAAGGCCUUGACUCUGCCGGGAAUCCCAAGGUGAGACCAAUAGACAAUUAUAAAAGUUCGGAGGUGAACAGCGUGGUAUCACAAACCGAACAGGUGCCUGUUCACACGGUCGAUGUCAUCGCUGGAACUUUGGGCUAUUGGCUUCAGGCUUGUGUCAAGGCAAAAGUGAAGAAGGAGAUGGUCAGCAAAGCUUGGGAUCUUAAGACUGCUUACAAGCAGCUGCCGUUGAGUGAUUCUGCUUUUGAACUUGACAGCUACAUAGCCGUGUUCUGUCCACGGAGCAAGAAGCCACAGGUGUACAAGCAACGAGUCCUACCUUUUGGAUCGAAGGCAAGCGUGACGGGAUUCAUCCGUUGUGCAUAUGGUUUGUGGAAGAUCGGAUGUGUCCUUCUCGCCUUGAUCUGGAGCUGCUACUUUGACGAUUUCCUCACAAGCAGUUGGGAAGAUGCAAGCAAGCACCUGGACAUAAUCGUUACAAUGGUUUUCCGACUCUUUGGAUGGAACGUGUCUUUGGACAAGCAGCUGGGCGUUGACAGCAUGUGCAAUGUGCUUGGGGUGACGCUUAAUCUUCGUGAAGCCAAGUUUGGUGUAGCAUACUUUUCGAACACAGAGAAACGUGCUGCCGAGCUGCGGGUUGUCUUGAAGGAAUACGUGACAGGUGCCGCGUCGUUGCCCAAAGGUGCCGAGCUUGCAAAGCUUCGCGGCAGGCUUCAGUUCGCUUCAGGGCAGUUGUUCGGGAGACGAGCGCGGCAUGCGCUGGGCGCUCUCACUGAGGAGCCCAGGACGAGCCCGAAGCAGAUGCGGCAAUCGAUGCAGGUGCUUCUUAACCUGUUUGAGCAUGGGCGGCCACGCCGGGUCGCUGCUACGUGGAGUUCAGUGGUCCACGUGUACGUGGACGCUUCGUUUGACUACGAUGGCUACUCUGGGAUCGGUGGCAUGGCGUAUGACUCGUCAGGCAACAUCCUCGGUUGGUUUGGCAGUGAAGUUCCUAAGCACGUUCUUGAUGCCAUCUGCACAUACGGAGGGACGGCUCACGAGACUGUCAUUUUCGAGUUGGAGGCGAUAGCAGUGCUACUUGCAUUGCGUAGUUUCGCUUCUUUCUUAAAGGGUGCCAACAUCGUAGUUUUCACUGAUAAUGAAGGCGUCCACGGUGCUUUCGUGCGGUGCAAGUCGGCCAGCGUCUAUGGCCAUCAGGUGAUUACUUGUGCUUGUGACGUCGAAGAAAGUUUGGAUUGUCUGGUAUGGUACGAGCGAAUACCAUCAAGUUCAAAUCCUUCGGAUUGCCUUUCUCGAGGCGAGGAGCUCAAGUGCACUUCAAGUCAAGUCGCGUGCAAGUGA